CGAAUCUGGGUUUGGCGGAUGCCAGAAGAACGCUUCCUGCCCCAAUGCAUAGUGCCAACUGUAAAGUUUGGUGGAGGAGGAAUAAUGGUCUGGGGCUGUUUUCCAUGCCCCUUAGUUCCAGUGAAGGAAAAUAUUUGCUCUGGCUACAGCAUACAAUGACAUUCUAGAUGAUGAAGCACUUCCAACUUUGUGGGAACAGUUUGGGGAAGGCCCUUUCCUGUUUCAGCAUGCCAAUGUCCCUGUGCACAAAUCGAAGUCCAUACAGAAAUGCCUUAUAGAGAUUGGUGUGGAAGACCAUGACUGGCCUGCACCGAAACCUGACUUCAACCCCAUGGAACACCUUUGCGAUGAAUUGGAGCUGACUGUAAACCAAGCCUAAUCUCCCAACCUCACUAAUACUAUUGUGGCUGAAUGGAAGCAAGUCUCCGCAGCAAAUGUUCCAACAUAUGGUGAAAAGCCUUCCCAUAAGAUUGGAGGCUGUUAUAGCAGCAAAGGGGGGAACAACUACAUAUUAAUGCACAUGAUUUUCGACGAGCAGGUGUCCAAAUACUUUUGGUCAUGUAAUGUAUCUUUUUUUUAUUUGAACGACUCUUUAUCGCUGAAGAAAGAUAAAGCCCAUAUGUUUCUUAAUCAUAGCGCAAGUGAUGAUUAUUAUAGAUUCUAAACGUCAAAACGCAGCGUCGGGAUUGUAGUUGACAUAAGGCAGUCAUGGGCGAAGCUAAUGGCUGAGAACUGUCAAGGCGUAAUGCCGCCUAGAGGUUGAGAGCUAGGCGGGAUCUAGUUUUUGUCAAAUUAACGUCAACAUUUUUUUGCAUUUUCGCUAACCUAACCUCUUUAUCUAACCUAACCCUUGCCAUGCCAGGAACCAAGUCGGUAAUGGAUGUCUUUCUAAUUUGCAUUAUCUCUGACAAAAGAAUAUGCCUCAACGAUAAAACGGAUUACCCAAUCUAGCAGCAUGAACCUCAAAGACAGACUGUUAAUGGUCAACAUGGCAUCGUGAGAAGGGACCGCAUCCCCUACUGGUGGAUCUGUCCUGCAUCCUGGAGUCUCUGAAAACGGUCCUUCUAGAAGACUGCUGACAUCUGUCAGGUUGGACAGGAAGGAUGCGCUCAUAGAAAUGCUGGUGUGCACUUUGGACGGAGACCUCUACCCUCCCCCGGAGGAGCCCACUGGUACUGUAGACCCCAAGAAGAAGAAGGUCAAAGACGAGGUCAAGAGCUUUGUGUGGAACCAUGGCAUGAUGGAGUACCACAUGCAGGUAGACGGUGUGAAGGCCAAGCUGAAGGAGACGGGCGCCCGCAAGAAACAACAGGAGGACCUCAUCAUGAAGGUGGAGAACCAGCUGGCCUCGCUUCAGGAGCAGCUGGACUCACUGAUCGAGAAGUGACCCAAGUGACCACCAGGGGGCAGCCAAGUGUCAAAUGGGUGCUGUGAGACCGGCUGGGGAAUAGAGAAGAAGCAUCUGCCACCACUGAAAGAGCCCUCCUUUACAUACUGUUUCAUUCCAUUAUAUAUUUUCCCUUUUGCCUCCAGACAUCAUGGACUCGUUGGAGGACUCGUGUUUCCUGUUUUUGUAUUCUUCCUAUUUUAUUUAAUAGGUUGGUAGAUCUCUGUAAAUAAACUUUUUAAGCCAUUGAA